AUUCAUUAAAGAACUAUAAUCACACACUUUAGUUUUAUUCAUGAAGAUGAUGAGACCUGCUCUUUCAUUAUUGCCUCUCUUUCUUCUCUUGAUAGUAGGUAUUGUAGAAUCAAGAAAAGAUCUAGGAGAAUAUUGGAAACUAGUAAUGAAACAACAAGACAUGCCUCAAGAAAUUCAAGGACUCCUCAAUCAAAAUCCAAAAAAGAAUUUCAAGACUCUAAAGCAGUUUUUUGAUGAUGGAAAGAAGAAGAAAGUUGUCAAAGAUUUUGAACAAAGACCUAACAUUUCAGCUUAUGGAAAAAAGAACGUUGAUGUUAAGGAAAAGAAUGGGGUCAUUGAAGAUUUUGAACCAAGACCUAAUAUAUCAGCUUAUGGAGAAAAUGACAUCGAUGUUAAAGAAAAGAAAGGAGCCAUUGAAGAUUUCGAACCAAUACCUAACAUUUCAGCUUAUGGAGAAAACAACAUUGAUGAUAAGGAAAAGAAUGAGGGCAUUGAAGAUUUCGAACCAAGACCUAAUAUUUCUGCUUAUGGAGAAAACAACAUUGAUGUUAAGGAAAAGAAGGGAGUAAUUGAAGAUUUCGAACCAAGACCUAACAUUUCAGCUUAUGGAGAAAACAACAUUGAUGUUAAGGAAAAGAAUGGGACCAUUGAAGAAUUCGAACCAAGACCUAAUAUUUCAGCUUAUGGAGAAAAUGACAUUGAUGUUAAGGAAAAGAAGGGAGCCAUUGAAGAUUUCGAACCAAGACCUAACAUUUCAGCUUAUGGAGAAAACAACUUUGAUGAUAAGAAAAAGAAUGGGGCCAUUGAAGAUUUCGAACCAAGACCUAAUAUUUCAGCUUAUGGAGAAAACGACAUUGAUGUUAAGGAAAAUAAGGGAAACAUUGAAGAUUUCGAACCAAGACCUAACAUUUCAGCUUAUGGAGAAAACAACUUUGAUGAUAAGAAAAAGAAUGGGGCCAUUGAAGAUUUCGAACCAAGACCUAAUAUUUCAGCUUAUGGAGAAAACGACAUUGAUGUUAAGGAAAAUAAGGGAAACAUUGAAGAUUUCGAACCAAGACCUAACAUUUCAGCUUAUGGAGAAAACAACUUUGAUGUUAAGGAAAAUAAUGGGGCCAUCGAAGAUUUCGAACCAAGACCUAAUAUUUCAGCUUAUGGAGAAAACAACAUUGAUUUUAAGGAAAAGAAGGGAGCCAUUGAAGAAUUUGAACCAAGACCUAACAUUUCAGCUUAUGGAGAAAACAAUGUUGAUGUUAAAGAAAAGAGUGGGGCCAUAGAAGAUUUCGAACCAAGACCUAAUAUUUCAGCUUAUGGAGAAAACAACAUUGAUAUUAAGGAAAAGAAGGGAGCAAUUGAAGAUUUCAAACCAAGACCUAACAUUUCAGCCUAUGUAGGAAAUGACAUUGAUGUUAAGGAAAAGAAGGGAGACAUUGAAGAUUUUGAACCAAGACCUAACAUUUCAGCUUAUGGAAAUAACAACAUUGAUGUUAAGGAAAAGAAUAAGACCAUUAAAGAUUUCGAGCCAAGACCUAACAUUUCAGCUUAUGGGAAUAAUGAGAUUGAUGAUGAAUCCAUGAAGGAUGUUGAGCCAAUACCAAGUCUCACUAAAUACGAUGCAUAAAUGUUAGAAAAUGCAUCUUCAAUCUAUGAUGAAGUAUAUUUAAAUAAGUUGUUGUUGCUUCAUGUUCAUUGAUUACUAAUUAUGUAUGAUGUAUUUAUGGACUUAAUCUUUUUUAAUAAUGUUGUAUUCUUGUGAGGUAAAGAGAUUGAUAGUGAAACUUCCAGUUGUUUACCAAACUCGAUUCUUGGUUUAUAAAGUCCAAGUCGAA